ACAAGCGUUACUUCCGCUGUCAAUGUAAACAAGCUGAACACAAUACUGUCGCCAUCAAUUGAGCGGUCGAUCACACGUUCUUAGCUGCAUAUACCCCGACAAAAUGGCUGACAGACAGUAUCACCUCAAAUUUGAUGGCUCCAAGGCUCAAGCUGUCGAUGCCUACCUCGAGUACAAAAGGAUUGUUGGAGAGGACGAUGGCGGCGUCAUGUUCACCCCCGACGAGUACGAGGACUAUAAGAAAAGGGUCAUCCCCAUGAGAAUGAAAAACCGCCUGUUCACGAGUUGGUCAUCCCCGUCUGGAAUGGACUGUAAGAUGAUUGGUCCAGAAACUCUUUGCUUCUGUAAACACAGGUACAAGCAACACCAGACCGAUUUUGAGGAUAUCCCCACAGAACGCCCGAUCCCCCUCCCGUGCAGGGCCAAGGGGUGCAAGUGCAUCUCCUACCACUACGUCCCCCUCAACGGCGGGCAGCCGGUCCGCUGCACGUGCAAACACACGGCCGAUGAACACUCUGAGAAGGGGCCGUUUGUGUGCAAAAAAGGUGGCUGCACCAAGUGCACAGGCUUCAAGAGCCCCUUUACAUGUGGGUGUGCCUCGCCCGUCCACCAACACACCAUGAUCGUGGAGACAGCAGAUGAGAGGGAGGGGAGGGGUCACCCCGUGGGCCAGGCAACGCCCUACGCCGCCAUGGGGGGUCUGACAGGGUUCUCCUCCCUAGCUGAGGGGUACAUGAGACUGGACCCAAGCGGACAAGGUGCCCCCAGCCAGGAGUUCCUUGACCAGGAGAUCACCUCCACUGACAACCCGUUCCUGAGAGCCAACGUCCAUUCUAUCAAAGCUCAUCAGAUGGCCAAGAAGACAUCAGGUAUCAAGGGUGCGGACGACGAGGUGUUCGACGACAUCACAGAGAGGGUAUCCGCCAUGAGACGCCCUGGGGAGGAUGACAUGGACUACUUCGAGAGGCGGUACCAGGAGAGGCUCAAGGCGGAGAAGGCCGCCAAACGGAAAGAGGUCGGCCCGAACUUGAGACAGGGUCAAAGGAAGGCCAUCACACAGAAACCCAAGGCACCAGCAGGGCGGAGUGGAACCCCAGGCAAAUAGGCGUGACAGAGCUGACACUGCUGUCUCCACAAGUGCUGUUACCUAUCAGAGGUUAACCCUUAGAGCUUUCAAUAAUCUAGACGCCGUUGUGGGACAUAGUGAUAUUGUUAGUUGUCACUGUCUCCGUCACUGUUGUUUUACUCAAAGUUGUGAUAUAACGGGCCUUUGUUCAACAUGGGUUUUUAGUUUGAGAAGCAACAGUGACUACAAUAAUUUGGAUAUUUCAAAUUUCAAUCAAAUACAGAUGGGUGUAGACGACUGUGAAGACGCGAGUGCUUGAAUUUUCUAGUAACAAAAUAGCAACUUAAACAGCUGUAUGUUUUAAUUUAUCAAUCUCUUUAAGUAUUAUUCAAAUGCUUGAGUAAACAGUAUUAUGCUUAUCGUGUAGCAUCAUCAACGAAAUGCAUUUAUGUAGUAUGUGGAUAACUGUGUUGAGUCAUUACGAGGAUUAUGAUAUGGUUUAAGAUGUUGGAAAGAACAGUCAAAAGCAAUAUGAAAAAAAAAAGUCAGAACGAAAACGCGGACACCAGCAGCCAAGUGGACCAAGGAACAGCCUGUAGUGGCUUCGAAUCCAAGAUUAGCUCUGCUUACGAUCCUUGGUGUGUCAGUACCAUACGGUUCUGAUAUACGCAUACAGCGGGGUUUCUUUCCUGCAUAAAAGCUGACACACCCUGGUAUUACUGAAAUACUGUUAAAAGCAGCACUGAACCCAACCCCCUCACUCACUCGAAAAUACAAAGCGGUGUGAUCCUGACGAGUCUCAGGCCUGGUUGUGGUCUAGAGUUUCAAAAGGCCACAUUUCACUGAAGCCCCUUAGGUCUUAGACACCGGGUGUCGAAAUAUUUGAGAGACAGAAAAUAUUUUUCAAUCGCUUCGAGAGUUAAAUUUCAUCAAAUCAUAAUUAUUUUAAAUUUCUGGUACAGAUUAUUCUUUUAGAAUAUAAUAUGCAUUUGGUAGAUGUGUGGAUUGUAAUGUAUAUACUGUGCUCUAGUCUAAUUGUGUACUGUUCCUGCCAGCUUUUGUCUUUAUAGCGUAUAAUCCUUUCUACACGCAUAUCAACACAUAUAUUUGUCAUGCAACAAACAAAAAGGAAGCUGUUACACCAGAAAGCGUCACAUCCACUUCCGGUUACAUGCCACGUCUCUUGUUACGAUGUCAACCUGCAAGAUCGAAAGAAAAUUAUCGUUACUCGUAAUGAAAUCGUGCUAUCUGAUUGGCCAGUCUCCAUCUUGUAAAAAGCAUACAAGUCGGUCAUUCGUCACCGCCCCUUUCCGUAACCUGCUAUUCGGCUUGUCCCGGAAUAACACGACGUGGUCACGGAAAGGGGCGAGUCGUGACGAAUGGAAUAACAAGUCGGUCAUUUAUCAUGACGUCACAGUGUUUCAUAUGACGUCAUCCUCUUGUCACCCAAUCUGAGACUCCAUAUCGAACUGAUGGUCGUACGACCGAUCUUAUAUUGUCACACAAACGCAUUGACAGGAAAGCAGUAUCUGUGCUCGUGAACACGAAGCGACACAUUCGUUACAUGUGACACUAGCGGGUGCAGGGGAUUUACGAUCUCAACGUUCGCGUACCUUCAGUCUCACUGUGUAAAAUCCCGCGCACCCCGCUAAUGACAUUGUACCUCAUACUUUACCAACUUAGAUAUAAAAAAAACAUUCCUUUAUGAAUACAAAAGGACCGAUAGUCUCUCAGUGUUAUUCAGUAAUGUAAUUAUGGAUGUACAUGCUAUUUCUUGUCCCAGUGUUACGUGUUGAACAGUUUGAUGGUUAUUUGUUCUUGAUUGUUUCUUGUUUGUGUUCCUGUUCAGUAAAUUUUAUAAUGGCAAUAAUUUUACCAGAGCUCUCGUGACCAUUCGCCUCUUUCCGUGAACAGCGCGGUCUUUGCCGAGUGUUCCCGAAUGCUCGCACGUGACAUUGACUUAUGUUUUCCCAAUUGUUGUCAUAUCUGCUUGCGAUAUGGAGUCAGAUGUAAAAGCAAUGCACGUACAAAAUGAGAAUAUGUUGAUUUUACAAACCACAUGAUCCGUCCACGAAGUAACAUAUUAAGUUAUAUAUGGGUAUAUGAAUUUAUUCUAAUAAAGUAUAUUUCAGUUCUC